GAGACCGAAUAAGGAAAAACAGAGUGGGAGAAAAUCUCUUUCUGCCCGGAAGGAGGUUUUCUCCCAAAUGGCUUCCCCGCAGAAUCCCCGGCGGCGGCAGCUUGGUACGGGGCAGUCCGCCUGGCCGGAUCUCCCACCGGAGCUCCUAGAGAGCAUCUUAUGCCGCCUCGGCCCGCUCGGCCGUGUCGCCGUCCGCCUGGUCUGCUCAUCGUGGCGGUCGUGCGCGCGAGCUUCGAUCUCGUCUGACCUCACCUUCGAGGCGCCGCGCCUCCUCCUCCGCCGCCCCGGCUCCUGCGGCAGCCUCGCGUUCUUCAGCCUCCGCCGCGAUGAGAUCCUCCCUUUCGCCCUCCCCGGCCGCGUCAACGCCGGCCGGUGCUGCGGCCAGAUCGGCGGCUGGCUGGCGAUGGCCUUCGACGAGGAGCGGGCGGUCGAGCUCCACAACAUCUUCUCCGUUGAAUCCGUGGCCAUGCCCCGGGCCCCCACCUUCCCGGUGGCCAAGAUCGUGCUCUCCGCGCCGCCCACCUCCCUGGGGUGGGUGGCCGCCGUGCUGGGCAGCCUGGGCACGCUCGCGCUGCUCCAGCCGGACGUAUCUGGCGGCGCCUGGACCACGAUCGCGGCGGGGGCGGAGCACAGGGCGUUCAGGGACGUGGCGAUCUGGCGCGGGCGGCUGUGCGCGCUGAGCGACGACGGCACGAUCCGGGCGUACCGGGCCGACCUCCGCGCGCGCGUUGCGGCCGUGUCGGACCUGAACUACGGGCUGGUGUGGCGGUGGCGGUGGCAGCAGCCGACGUACCUGGUGGAGUCGGAGGGGGAGCUCCUGCUGGUGAGGAAGCUGUACAGGGUUGAUGGGGACUCGGUGGAGGUGGAGGUGGAGAUACGCCGGUUCCGGCCGGAGGAGCGCAAGUGGGAGGAGGUGAGGGAGCUCCCUGGGAGGGCGGUGUUCGUGGGGGCGGUCGCGUCGGUGGCGGUGCUGGCGACGGCGGCGCUGCCGGGGGUCCGGGAGAACUGCGUCUACUUCGCGCGGCGGGAGGUGGACAUGAUGGUGCCGCACGCCGUCGGCGUGUACUCGCUGGGGGACCGGGAGACGGCGGUGGUGGCCAUCGCCGGCGGGCACUCCGUGGAGGUGGAGCCCGUGUGGAUCAUCCCCUCGGUCGCCUGAACCCACGCGUCGGCGUCCAGGAAUUAUCAGCCCGCUUCCUGCUUUUGUUGCGAUGGAUGAAACUUAUCCGCGUGUGUGUUCUUUUCCCUUCAGUUUUUUGGUGAGGGAAUUUUUUUCUUUCCGAAACGGAGCACUGCGAACUUUGUAUAACUACGAAGUGCAAUGCUGGUUGUAAUGUUGUUCUAUCUGCUUUGUUCACACUGUACAUACUGCCAGAAAAAAGAUGUUCAGAGUGUAACAUGUAUA